AAUAUCGAAAGAAGAAGCAAGUUUAGAAAAAGUCAAGCAAUCCGACAAAGGACAUAAUUUUGCAAAUAUUAUCAAUAUACUGAACAAAUAUUAUUUAAAUCCGACAACGAUCAAAAUCAUUAUUGGGUUUUCUUUACCGGUUUCCUGUUGUAAAUAAAGUGAGCCAUGGCGCCACCACGACACGGUAGCCUCGGAGGAAGUGGUGGCGUUCGUUCUGGUUUCGGAGUAUAUGGUGGUGUACGUUCUGGGCGCAUUGAAAGCCGUCCGCGUCGUAGUGGCGGUCUAAACCGCGGUGCUGGUGCUGUAAACGAUGAUUUUUGCAGCAUGAACAAUAUUAACUGGUCGGACAUGCGACUACAGCCAUUUCAGAAAAGCUUUUACCAGGAACAUUUAAAAACUCGUAAUCGUUCAUCACAGGAAGUUGAUUGCUACCGUGCCCAGCAUCAAAUCACCGUACGGGGUCUGGCACCCAACCCUAUCCAGUGUUUUGAUGAAGCUUGCUUUCCAGAAUAUUGCAUGAAUGAAAUACGACGUCAGCGCUACAUAGAACCCACACCAAUUCAAGCCCAAUCAUGGCCAAUAGUUAUGUCAGGCAACAACUUGGUUGGCAUAGCUAAGACAGGUUCAGGCAAGACGCUGGCUUUUAUACUACCUGCCAUAGUGCACAUCAGAGGUCAAGAGCCAUUAAAGCGUGGUGAGGGUCCCAUAGCACUUGUACUAGCGCCUACGCGCGAACUGGCUCAGCAAAUUCAGUCGGUGGCCAAUGAUUUUGGCUCCAGCUCCUCUGUACGCAAUACAUGUAUUUUUGGAGGAGCUCCGCGUUCUCAGCAAGCCAAUGACUUGCAACGUGGUGUCGAAAUUGUGAUUGCCACACCGGGCCGUUUGCUUGAUUUUCUACAAGCCGGUACAACAAAUCUACGUCGCUGCACAUACCUUGUAUUAGACGAGGCUGACCGUAUGCUGGACAUGGGCUUUGAGCCGCAGAUACGUAAAAUACUUGGCCAAAUCAGGCCAGACCGUCAAAUACUGAUGUGGAGCGCAACUUGGCCAAAAGAAGUACGUCAACUAGCAGAAGACUUCCUCGGCAACUACAUACAGAUAAACAUCGGCUCAUUGGAACUGUCAGCCAACCACAACAUUCGGCAAUAUGUAGAAGUUUGCGCUGAGCAUGAGAAAGGCGCAAAAUUAAAAGACCUGUUAUCACACAUUUAUGACCAGGCCGCCAUGCCAGGAAAGAUUAUCAUAUUUGUAGCCACUAAAAAAAAAGUGGAUGAACUGGCACGGUUCAUAAAUGCUUUUGGCGUUGGUGUGGGUUCCAUUCAUGGCGACAAAUCCCAGAUGGAUCGUGACAAUGUGCUUAAUGACUUUCGUAGCGGCCGUGCCAAUAUAUUAGUGGCAACCGAUGUGGCAGCACGCGGCCUUGAUGUCGAUGGCAUUAAGUAUGUCAUUAACUUUGAUUUUCCACAAUCAUCAGAGGACUACAUACAUCGAAUUGGGCGCACUGGACGAAAGCAUUCUACAGGAACAUCGUAUGCGUUCUUUACACGAAAAAACACCAAAUGCGCACGCGCUUUGAUUGAGAUCCUGCGAGAGGCAAAUCAAAUCGUAAAUCCAGAAUUGGAAUACAUAGCACGCGAUGCGGGCGGUGGCAGUGGACGCAGUCGUGGUGGCCGUGGAUCUGUUAGAAAUUAUGUCGCAGGCGGCAAUGGAUCAUCCGGAAGAUCUAAUGCUUUCAGUUCCUAUCGUGGCUCUUUAAGUGGCUUUAGCGCGUUUAGCGAAUCUGGCAAUCGCUUUGAUCCAUCAAGCACGGCCAGGAGUAGUUUCAACACCGAACGGGGAUUCAGUAGCAGCACCGACCAAAGAAGCUAUAGCGGUGGUUCGUUUGGUGGUAAUGCUGGAUUUUUAAACGGUAACAGAUACUCAAACUCUGCGCGGCAUUAGAAAAAAUUAAUAGGAUUAUUAAUUAAUUAGGAUUAUUAAUUUUUCAUUAACACAUUAUCAUCCCUAUUGCUUAUUCAUUGCCACGAAUAGUAUCAGUACAAUUUUGAUAAAGGUUUUAAUCCAUUAAGCAUAUAAAAACAAUAUACAAAUAA